ACCGAACGGGACGGGAGGCCGGAGGUUGUAGAAGGAAGGGAUCGGAGAGCCCACCCCGGCUGGGAGAGCUAGGAAGAACACACAGCUACUAGCUAGCUAGGAUCCAAUCCAAGGAUCCAACGAUCGAUCGAUCGACAUGGACAGGCCAGACCACCACCAGCACCAGUUCUUCAUGCCGGCGCCGGCGCCGGCGACGGUGCAGGUGCCGCAGCCACAGCAGCAGCAGCAGCAGCAGAUUUGCGUGCCGAUGAUGGACGAGCCGUCGUCGUUCUUGGCGGGGAUGGGCGGCGGAGGUGGCGGGCCGUCGUCGUCGUCGGCGAGGGGUGAGAGGAAGCGGCGGUUCACGGAGGAGCAGAUACGGUCGCUGGAGUCCAUGUUCCACGCGCACCACGCCAAGCUGGAGCCCCGGGAGAAGGCGGAGCUGGCGCGGGAGCUGGGCCUGCAGCCCCGGCAGGUGGCCAUCUGGUUCCAGAACAAGCGCGCCCGCUGGCGCUCCAAGCAGCUGGAGCACGACUACGCCGUGCUCCGCGCCAAGUUCGACGACCUCCACGCCCGCGUCGAGUCCCUCAAGCAGGACAAGCUCGCCCUCACCACACAGUUGAACGAGCUAAGCGAGAGGCUGAGGGAGCGAGAGGACCGGGCCGCCGGCGGCGCGACGACGGCUAGCAGCAGCAGCUGCAACGUCGGCGGUGCUGAGGCCGAGGCCGAGGCCGAGGACGACAAGAGGAACGUCGUGCUCGGGUGCGUCAACAACAUGGAGCCGCCCGAGCCCGAGAGCUGUGUGCUCGUCGGGCCGUGCGCGACGCCGGCGGACGUCUCGGUGGAGUCCGAGUGCGACGACCACCACCACCACCACCUUGACUACGACGACGGGUUCCCGGAGUCCUACUGCGCCAUGCCGGAGCUGUGGGAGCCCUGGCCGCUUGUGGAGUGGAAUGCGGUGGCCUGAAAUGGAGAAGUUAGCUAGUACAUAGGCUCAAGGCUUGUGUGUGUAACGUACGUGCAUGGUGCUCCUGCUCUCAACGGAAUUAAAGAGGACGGGCCGCUCUGUGCCAAUGGCGGAUGCGCGCGGGGCGCCGCCGGGCAGUUGGUCGGAGGAUUCGGAGCGCCAUCGAAGUGACCUUUGGAGUUUGGAAGCAUAUCACCCAAUGCCAUUACUGCUUUCGAUGCUGCAAAAAUCAAUGGUAUUUGUUCAGAGGCGCUGGCGGUGGUAGUGAAUUGCACGGGCUUGCAGUGUUGUGGUUGUCUUUGUGUAUUCGAGGUUAAUCUAAUGGAAGAACGUUCGCUUCACAAAUAUUGUAUUGGCGUGUACGUAUAUGCCUGCUUGCAAAAGACGACGUGGUUCUGUACGGGGUUCCCCAAGCGCGUCGAUUAUGUUUAUUGCACAUUUUAGUGUAGUCUUGAUAGUCUUUUUUUUCAAAUAAUUUACAGAAUUUAGUCAAAUGUUUUAGAUUAUGGAGGCAACAUCAAACCUUUUACUGACCAGGAAUUGCAA